UAUGCCAAAUGUCCUCACUCUAUCCUGAUGAGAGCUAUUGUACGAGUGAAAUAGGACGCCUUCUUUUCCAACCAAAAAACGAAUGGGCAAUAACGGGCAAGGUGAUCGAGGCUACUGACGUGAAACAAAUCACCUUCACGCAUACCGAUUACAUAAUCGAAUUAAAAUGUGUCCCACGCAAUAAUAUCGAGUUGGAUGAUCGAUUUUUCACCAUCACAUCUAGAUUUCGCGAAUUGAAUCGCCUGCACGCCAGUCUUUCCAAGCUGCACAAACAAUUAUAUUUGCGCGGAGCAUUUCCACAUUUUGCCGCUCCUCGUUUGCUUGGUAGCACUGAACCU